AUGAAUUCAUUCGUGUACUCUUUCAAGAAUCCAAGCAGCGAAUUUGUAGAAUCGGCUAAUUUUGUACAAAAUAAAAGGCCAAACUAAUUUUGUCUAAAGAUUUUUAAUUAGCAGUCAUACGAAGAUUUUAAAUUGGAAGACUAAUUAUAAUAACCUUUAUAAUAAUAAUCCUAAGAUUAGUAUCCUUAGCAAAGCAUUAGUCAAUACUUCCUGAACCCUUAACUGAGUUUAGAAUUAAAGUCUAAAUUGCCUUCUCUGGAUAAAUACAUCAAGAAAAAGAAAAUACAUAAGAAGGCAAAGUAAUAGACAGCUGCAAUUAGAGAUUACAAGAAAAAUAUCUGUAGAAAUAUUUUGAGACAUGGUAUUAAAGGAAUAAAUAACACAUAAGCCCAACAGUUUUUACUCGAAAAGUUUAGAAAUAGCAAUCAGAAAUUAAUUGAAUUUCAAAAGUUUUAUUAAUAAAAUUUGGAAAUCAUAUCAGGCUUUCGAGUCCUCAAAGAUCAUUUAAUAAUUAAAGGAGAUGAACCUAAGGAAGAAUAAGAACGAAAAAGAAUUUUUCAAUAAUAUCUCAUCUGGUUUUUGUCCUCAUAAGCAACAAAGUGCAUAUUACAAUCAGAAGCAAAUAACAUUGCCGAAUACGUUAAAUACAAAAAUGAUGUUUUGUUAUAUUAUGUCUAACAGCCUUCACAAUGGUAUUCUAAUAAACCACUAUGGAGAUAAAAAGAAUGA